UAUUGUGUUUUAUUUUGAAAGGGGGCGGAAGUGUAACACGUUGAUUCAGUGUCGGACUUUGUGUGUGGCGCAAUGUGCUCUGUUGAAAUUCACGCAGUUUAGCAACGAAUACGGCUGGCUACGCUACGCUGCCGUCAGGCUCCCGGUGUGAAUUGACGCCGGGCAGAGGACGGAGCAAACCCGCGGCGCUUACGUCUCCUGUGCGAGUCCCCAGUCUGUGCGUCCUCUCUGUGAAGCUGGAACAGACAGGCUGCCAAUCCAUAUCAAGAAACAAUAUUACUUUAUGGUUGCUAAGGUCAACUCCCUCCCACGCCCACCAUGGUACCUUUGCUUUAUAGCUGUUUGCUGCUGUCAGCCCUGCCAGUACAGCCAAACUAAGAGGGAGAGAUUCACCAGCUUUUUGAAAGUGUGGCAAGUGCAAACAUGGACUCAUCAGGAAAUGGGUACCUGAACGAACCUCUCAUUGAUCACGCAGAGGGCCAACUCUUCUUGACAGAAGCCUUUAAAAUUAUUGUGGAGGAGGUGCUCUGCAAGGGCACAGAUGUCAAACAAAAGGUUUGUGAGUGGAGAGAGCCAGAGGAGCUGGCUCAGCUGCUGGAUCUGGAGCUGAAGGCGACAGGGGAGUCACAAGACAGGCUCCUGCAGAGAGUACAAGAUGUUGCCAAGUACAGCAUCAAAACAAGUCACCCACGUUUUCUUAAUCAGCAGUUUGGCGGGGUGGACUAUCAUGCCUUGGCUGGACGAUUCCUCACUGAGGCUCUCAACACUAACCUCUUCACCUAUGAGGUAGCCCCAGUGUUUGUGCUAUUAGAGAUGGAGGUCCUGAAAAGCUUGCGGCAACUGGUCGGCUGGACACAAGGUGAUGGUAUUUUCUGCCCUGGAGGAUCUGCCUCUAACAUGUACGCCAUGAACCUCGCACGCUACCGACUCUUCCCAGAGGUCAAAUCCCAGGGGCUGUAUGGUCUCCCACGACUUACCGUCUUCACAUCUUCGCAGAGCCAUUACUCUGUGAAGAAAGGAGCUGCCUUUCUAGGCAUUGGGAUAGACAAUGUCAUCGUGGUGAAAGUGGACGAUGGGGGCUGCAUGAUUCCAGAGGACUUGGAUGAAAAGAUAAAGCUGUCAAAAUCUCAGGGUGCAGUGCCAUUCCUUGUAAGUUGCACAUCAGGCACCACAGUGCAGGGUGCGUUUGACCCACUGGACCGCAUAGCCGAUGUCUGUGAGAAACACAAGAUCUGGAUGCACGUGGAUGCUGCCUGGGGAGGGAGUGUGCUCUUUUCCAAGCAGCACAGGCAUCUGAUGAAAGGGGUUGACAGAGCAAAUUCAGUAGCCUGGAAUCCACACAAGAUGCUGUUGGCCGGCCUGCAGUGUUCUGCAUUCCUGCUACAGGAUACCACGAACUUGCUGAAGCGGUGCCACAGUGCCAACGCCACAUACCUGUUCCAGCAAGACAAAUUCUACGAUGUGAAUCUGGACUGCGGGGAUAAGACUGUGCAGUGCAGCCGCAAGGUUGACUGUCUAAAGCUGUGGUUGAUGUGGAAAGCUAUCGGCUCCAGUGGCAUGGCACAGCGUGUAGACAAAGCUUUUAUCCAUGCAAGGUAUCUGGAAGAACAAAUGAAGAAAAGAGAAGGGUUUCAUCUUGUGUGUAAGCCGGAGUUUGUGAAUAUAUGCUUCUGGUUUAUACCACCCAGCAUGAGGGGGAAGGAGCAAAAUGCAGAUUACCAGGACAGACUGGGGAAAGUAGCUCCAGCUAUCAAGGAACGCAUGAUGAAACAAGGCACUAUGAUGGUGGGCUACCAACCUUUGGCUGACAAGGUCAACUUUUUCCGUCUGGUUGUUUUGUCUCCACAGGUUUCUACGAAAGACAUGGACUUCUUUCUUGACGAAAUUGAAAGACUAGGAAAUGAUUUGUGAACAAAAACACAACUCAUAACGUGUAGCUGUUGUCUGUCACGAAAUUCAAGUUAUUAAAAGUCACUGUAAUGUCAUAAAUUAUAACAAACAGUCUGGCUCUAUCAGAUGAGAGAUUCAAACAGCUGUAAUAAUAUAACAAGAGAUACUGAAUUCUGAAAUCUGAAACCCAUGAAUUUAAUGUAAAUGAAAGAAUGAACUAAUAAACAAAUAAAGAGUCCUUCUUCUUGAUACAUGUCAAUAAUAAGAAAAGCAGAAACUGUGAUUUUGAUGAAGUUGGUGUACUGUACUGAUGUAAUCUAAAUGUGUGUGGAAACAUGCAUUGAAUUAAACAACUGUUCUGAAAUCAG